CCCCUCGGCGCUGGGCGGGGCCCCGCAGCCAUGGUGCGGAAGUGGAGCCUUCUGCUGCUCCUGCAACUCCUGCUCUGCCCGCGUCCGGCGCGCCCCUCCAGCCCUCUCCCGCUGGUGCUCCACACGUGGCCUUUCAAGAAUGCGACCGAAGCAGCGUGGCGGACCCUGGCGUCCGGAGGCUCCGCGCUGGACGCCGUGGAGGCGGGCUGCGCCCAGUGCGAGCGGGAGCAGUGCGACGGCACCGUGGGCUUCGGGGGCAGCCCCGACGAGUCCGGGGAGACCACGCUGGACGCCAUGAUCAUGGACGGCACUACAAUGGACGUCGGCGCAGUAGGAGAUCUCAGACGCGUUAAAAACGCCGUCGGCGUGGCCCGGAAAGUGCUGGAGCACACCACACACACACUGCUGGUGGGAGAGUCGGCCACCAAGUUUGCCGAAAGUAUGGGGUUUGUCAAUGAGGAUUUGUCCACCGAUGCUUCUCGAGCACUUCAUUCUGAUUGGCUCGCUCAGAGUUGCCAGCCAAAUUGUUGGCGGAACGUUACACCAGAUCCUUCAAAAUACUGUGGACCUUACAAACCGCCUAGUAUCUUAAAGCAAGAUGGUUCUGCCUAUAAGGAAACAGGAGAUAAUUAUGGUCAUGAUACUAUUGGCAUGGUCGUAAUCCAUAAGACGGGACACACCGCUGCUGGUACAUCUACAAAUGGUUUAAAAUUCAAAAUACCUGGCCGAGUAGGAGAUUCGCCAAUCCCUGGAGCCGGGGCCUACGCGGACGACGCUGCCGGGGCCGCGGCGGCCACGGGGGACGGGGACAUAAUGAUGCGCUUCCUGCCGAGCUACCAAGCCGUGGAAUACAUGAGGAGAGGCGAAAGUCCAACCGUGGCUUGCCAAAAAGUGAUUUCCAGAAUUCAGAAGUAUUUUCCCAAGUUCUUCGGAGCUGUUAUCUGUGCCAACGUGACUGGAAGUUAUGGAGCUGCUUGCAAUAAACUGCCUGCGUUUACCCAGUUUCGUUUCAUGGUUUCUAAUUCCCUAACGAACCAGCCCAAGGAGGAGAGAGUAAACUGCAUCUGAUCCGCUCUUCCUGGCGGCGUCUGUACUUGAAGAAGAAGGAAGCAAAGGCUGAGACGGUCACUCACUCUCGCUGCACAGUGGACGCCUCGUGUUUUCCGAAUUCUUCGUGUAAAACAGGCACAAAAAUAAAUUUAUCCUAAAGGAGCACUUUUGCUUUUAAUGUAGGAGUUUCUUAUCAUCUGAUUGUAUUCAAGCUUUGCAUCUUACCUGAAAAUGAAUGUAUAUGUGUAUGUAUAUGUGUAGGUAUAUAUCUCUUAGCUGUUGAGUCGAUGUUUGCAUUUCUACUCACUGUUGUAAGGAAUCGCUACUGUGGGGAUUUACUUCCCUAGUGAUAUCUUAAAGCCAAAAGAAAUCAUCUGUAAGUGGAUACUUAAAAUAAUUAGAGUGCCCAGGUUUUUCUAGGCCCGAAGGAAAAAGUAAGGGUGAGGCCGAUUAUGAUUAGUUAUGACCGAGUUUCAGUACAUCCGGUAAUAGGUCUCUUAUCACCAAAGGGCGGUUUUCCGUGACGCCCCCUGCUGGCCUGAAGAGGGAAGAACGCUGUUAACACUGAAGGUGCUCUUUGCUCUACACGAGUUAGAAGAUGCAGGCAGUCUUCUGAGGAGCCGUGGUGUAGACUCCUUGGGUCUGUUCCUCUGAUAGGGCCUCGGUGUGAGGGGUCUUCAGUCACAAGCAUCUGUGAUGUUCUAGCUGCUAAGGUUCAGUGCGAAUAGUUCCCUCUGAAAUCAUUCAGGGAAUUUGAUCUCUAAUUGUGUUGUUACUCACUGUGUCGGACACACGUGGAGUGAAACACUGUAGACCAGCAGGUGCGUUGAAGAUAAGGACAGACACCGCAGUGCAAACCCCAAAGGAGGCUUAACAGAGGCCAACGACAGCCCCCGGGGAUGGUCCACGCGGUGGCCUUGACGUAAUUGGGAGAACAUUUCCGAGCCGUCCUUUCCCCGUCCCGGGAUCCCAUCCCAAACACCGGCACAUUAACCUUAUUCCUUUGAAGGAAGUAGUAACUAAUAUAGUUCAAAUUUUAACAGGCCGUACCCCCAAAUAAUGCCUACCAAAUAACGGAUAGGAAUCUCAAGUGAUUCUUAAGGUUGCUCCCCUUGUUCAAACUAUUCUUACUAGAGCUUGGUGUACUCUUAAAGAAUGCUGACCUGAAGUGUUUGGAGAUGUAUCCAUAUGCUGUACACACAGGAACAAAACUGUGUAUUUCCAAUACUAGCACAUGACUUUCUCGGUUUCAGAAGGCAAAUAUUAGGCCAUGAUAUGUUUUUCAUUGAGGUAUUAUACAUAGACUAUAAUGUACUUUUUAAACCCCAUAGUUUUUCAUUGUUAAGCUUCUUUUUAAGUGUCAUUACAUCUGAUGCUUGGUGAUUGAAUUUGGAGCUAAGCACCUAAUUGAACUCAUUUAAGAUCUUAAUAGUUUCAUCAAAUUCAU